AAAAAUCAUUAUUCUCGUUGAUGAAUAUGACUGGCCAAUGGAACAUGCAAGAAAUUUUUAUGACAGAGCUAAUGCGUUUUUUGGAUCAAUGUAUUCGAGCGUAGCAAAGGACAAUGAAUUAGUGUAUAAGAUCUUGUUUGUUGGGCUCCUUCCCCUAGGCCAAGCAAGCUUCCUUUCUGGGCUAAACAACACCGUGCAUUAUCCAAUGCAUAUAUUACCUGGUAUAUAUGGCCGUGCCGAUGUUAAGUAA